GCGAAUAAGACUUGGGAAUUAAUACAUAUACAAUAGCAAAUAAAUAAAAAACACUCAAUUUUAUAAGUAAAUAAUUCAUCAAAAUUUAGAAGACGAUAUGUCGCUAACGAUUUCUAAUACAAAAUCGCAACAUGGUUUCGGUAGUCGAGUCUUGAGUGGCGUUGACAACAUAGCUGUUGGCACUAGUGGUCCCUUUGUAAGCACAAAGCAAAAGUGUAUGAAGCUACAGGGGCUUCAAAAGCAGCAGUCUAAAAGUAAUAGUACCAACAAACAGAUGCUAAUAAGCCAACAGUUUUACGAACAGCAAAAGGAACGACAAUAUGUUAAAUGUACAUCAAAUGCGGGGGAUGUAAUGAAUUUUGCACAAGCCGAACAAUCCAGCUCAUAUAUGCAACUGGCAUCAGCGCAUGAGUUACACCAACAACGACAUCAUCAAUCAUUACAAAAUGUAUUAUUAACAAAUAAACAACAACCACCAUCAGCAUCAUCGGCAUCGUUAUCACCACAGCAAACACAACGAACUUACAAUAAUAUUAGUUGUGAUGACAAUAAUUUAACGCAAGGUAAAAAAUACCUCAGCAAUCAAUAUCGCAACCGCAGCAAUAGUAACAACAUUGAGUUGUGCGUCAAGCUACUUGACAGUGAGGGCAGCGUGGAGGCUAAUGCUGGCUGCGAUAUGGCUGCCAAUCACGUGGCGAAUAAUUCUCUGACAACGCUUGGUGCGGCACAACAGCAUGCUGGGAGUAUGAUGUCAAUCACCAGCGAACAGCAACUCUGUCAACUGUACAAUGCUCAGCAGCAUUCCGAUUAUAUAAUAUCGGAUUACAUGGAAAAGAUAUCCACACACAUUAACCUAUUGGAAACCGAAUUGAAAUUUGCCUGGCGUGCACUGGAUUUGUUAUCGGGAGAGUAUAGUAAAAUUUGGUCCCGUUUGGAUAAGCUUGAAAGGAUAACUAGCAAACAGCAAUUAGUGGUGGGGAGUUUAAGGGGCUUGGUGCAAACAAAAGAAGAUAAACAAAAAGAAAAGAAGAUGCAACAUCAGCAGCGGCUACAACAACGUCAGCAGCAGCAAAAUUUUGCUGAUACUGAAACCAGCGCACCAAAUCUGAGUUUCAUCGAUAUGCUGAACGAUGAGCAAAUAUUCAUGCCCAAUUUAGCCGAAGCCGAACAACAAUCUAUACUUUUGAAUGAUUCCGCCGCUGCGGUGCUUCGGGAUAUCAAUGUUGAUGGCUGCAUAUCGCAGGAGUAUGGAAAUUUAUUGAAGCAAUUGAAAAACGAAACAAUUGGUGCAUUGGAUGCAAUACGUAUGGAUACCGAACUGGACUCACUGGACAAAAUGUUGCAAAAUCAAUCGAAAUACGCUUUCGGCUUAGACGAAACAAGCGACAUUCGGGGACAAGCAACGAGUUCCACUGGCUACUCAAAUAUGCUCACACAAGAGACACACUGGGAGAAUAAUUACGUCGAUCGCAGGUCGUGCGAACAUGACAGUAGUGAAUUCGUUAUUGCUGAUAAGUCCGAGUUGCACAAAACUGCCGAACAUAAUCUCAGCGCUUCUUUGGCGGCGCUUAAUAGCGUGCAGCUACAGCAAAUAGCUGGGAGAACACUUAAAUUGAGCGAACUGAGAAAGUCACAAAGCCAACUCUAUUCAGAAGCCGAUCUUCUACAAUAUCAACAACAAAUACUUGAAAACGAUGCGAAAAAAGAAUUAUUGCAGGACUUCCUCCAUAGUCGGAACUUAUUGAGGCAAUCUUCACAGGAUGAAGGCCAAAACCAACAAACGCUGUCUUAUGGAUGUGGCAGUGGCUUAAUUGAUAACGUACAUAAUUUACAGUCGAAUUAUACUGAAUUGAAUAUUUACGGUGUACUUCCCACCCACGAAGCAAACCCAGAUUCCAAAGCGCACUCAUUAACACGCAUGCGACCAAUAAUUUUUGACGAUUUGGCUGCUGAAACAACAGCUAGUUUAUACGAAAAGUGUGAAAGCGAGAAUGUUUCUGCCGAUAUCGAGGUGGCCAUGAAUGAUUUUGUAGGCGAGAUGAAGUUUUUUCGCGAAAUGGCCUCUAAGCACGGUGUAGGUGGUCAAGUUGAUGUGGCCAUAGCAGAUACGGGCGGUGACACAAUGGUGCCUCACGAUAUUUGCAAUAAUAUUGAAAUCAGUGAAGAGUUUUAUAAAGAACUUAACGAAGCAUAUCGUGACAAUACUUUGAGUACAGAAAUUUCAAAUAUGGAACGUUUGCUGCAACAAUCGGAUGCCACUCACGAACAAAUACUUUGUGGUUUAGGAGCACGUGCAAAUUCUGCUUUAGAUAUAAUACGCGAAGAUAAUGAAGAGGGUACCGGUGGCGGUGAUGGCGUGACACCAGCACCAGAGAUGGUGUUAGCCAUAACUAAUUCCACUAUCACCAGUACAAGUGCUAUAACAGCAAUUGUAUCAGCAACAACUACUACCACCCCAGCAAAAGCAAUAGCGAAGUUGGCAACAACACCAAUUACAACUGCAGUUACAAAGAAAGAAAAUGAAGCUAAAAAGCAAAAGAAGAAGAAACAACACAAAAACCAAAUGGAAAUGUUAAACGAUCUGAAGAGCGCAUUCUCUAUUGAUAGUAAGCUAAAGGCACCAAAAUACCCCAUUAAAGAGCAGGAAUUACAUAGUGGUGGUAAUGUAGGAGAUCGACAUUCGACUGCUUCUUUUUCUGAGCAUGAGUUUACAGAUAAAUACUUCUGCGAAAGUGAGGAACACUACUCGGUCCAACUAAAUUCGGAUCAAACAACUUUGCUUGAUAGCACAGGGGAGAUUUUGUUAUUGGAAAUCAAUAAGAUACAAGAUCUAAAGGUCUUGAGCGCUAAACAAAUUUUUAAAUUACGCACAUUAAUUAUGAAGGAGCAGGUGUUUUUUGAAAAAUUACACCAAGUUAACGAGAAUCUCUUAUUGCUGCUACUGAAUCCCGUCACACUGGCUGGGGAGCUACGUACGCUUGGUAAUGAUAAACAACGUAAAUUCGAUGCUGUAAUGAAGAAACUAGAACGCAACAUCGACACGCUAAAGAAGUUAGUCGGCAGUUCUUUCGACGACUAUAAGCGAAAGUACUUAACCGAUGCUGAGUUGUUGCUCUUAAAAGGCGCAGAUAGCGGACACGUCAAAGGGGAAGAUGAUGUAUCACUCCACUCAAAGAGUCAAACAAACAAAAAACAUAAAAAGUCAAAGUCAAAGAAAUCAAUAAAGCCACCAAAACCAAUAUCAAUCGAGAAAGAUAAAAUAUGCGUUGUUACCGAUAUGAAUAUAUCUGAACGUGAUAACAGCGUCUCAAAGAAAACAGUCGUUUUGCUAGAUGGUACCGAUAAAGCACAUUUCGACUAUAGUGCACAUUUGAUAUGGAACAAUUCCGAUUUAGAUGAACAGCUGAAGGUUUUAGAAACACAAGAGCAUGAGAUACGUCUGAAGAAACUUUCUGAUCCUAUCAUGAGCUACGCUGGUAGCAAUGUGAACGAACACAUACAUAGCGCAAGUGAUCUCACACGGCAAUCAAAUACAUGCUACACGAACAGCGAUAAUUAUUUAGAUGAUAUGUAUAUGAAUGAUCGCAUGCUUUUGCAGACAACGUUGACAACAACGAAACCAACACUUCAGUCAUCUUUGGGACGUGCAACUUCAGUUGCAACGAUUUACAACAAUGACGAGUACAUAAAAUCACUGAAACGUAGCUUGGAGCGACACAAUAGCAUGCUAUUUAUCCUACAUUUACAACAUCCCGAAUAUCAUCACAAGAACAACGCAUAUCAAGACACUUUGGCUGUGGACAUUGACCGUAUAUUUUUAAAUGACGAUGGCAGUGCACAGAGUCCACCACCACCGGCACCGUAUGACGACAACAUAAGCCUGAAUAUAAUAGACCGAAAAAUAGAAUCGCAGUCACAGCUUCAAGUUGAGGAGGGUGAUGGUAUGGAUGUAUUAGCAGAUGUUAAAAUGUCAUCUACGAGUGCUUUGAAUCCAUUUCAUAGACAGGCACAUGCUCGCACUUUAGCUGGUGCUAGUGCAGCUCAUUUACAAUUACAACAUGGUCUAAUUUUCUCAGCAAAACAAACCAAAUCCGACUCGGGACUAUCAUCGAUGAGUGGCUUAUCGAGUUGGGAGAAAUCACCGGAUUCUCCCAUAUAUGGUGUAAACAGCAACACGGACUUAUGCAAUCCAUUUCUCAGUAAAUAUCAAGGCAUCAAUAUGGAUAUGUUGCUGCUAAUGUCUAAUGACACGCAAUGUGUUAAUAAUAAUACCAAUUUACCGUUUGCGAACACAGAAGUCAAUUUCGACCAUUUCAAUGUAGAUAAAGGGUUGGAUAUGAACUUAAAUAUUGCUGAUGCCGACGAGGGUACCGCUCUGGUGACAACACGUACAUUAACCAUUGAAACUGCGUAUUCUGUCAUACCAACAAUAAUUAGUUCCACGAUAGCUACAUUCUCGAACACUAGCGAUAAAAUCAAACAGCAAAAUAACCUAUCUGCUGAGGGCCAACAAUUACAGCAAGAGGAAGACAUUUCUGAAUCCGUGGAAAAGAACUACAUGUUUAGUGAAGAGAAUUUAAACUACAUACGGGAAUUGUCUAAAAACAUGCCAAUAUGUUCCGUAUAUGAGAAUAAGUCCAUUUUUGAUUUACUGAAGGAUGAUGCCAUGGAUGAGCAUAUACGUACAGUUGAUGAAAUGCUUGCGUGGGAUAACCAACAACAACAUUGUCAAACACAUACACUCCAAAAGAAAAAUGCUGCAUAUUUAGUUGUUGAUCCAAAUCGACGCAUACCAGAUUUGUUGCGCACACCAGCUUUUGGAACGAUACCUAAAGGCGCCAGAUGUUCAACUGCGGUACACAAUGGGCCGACCCAAGCACGUGAGCGUCGCCAAUUGGGUCGAACACGUGAACGGUAUCUUAACGAUCGCUUAGCUUAUUAUCCGACAUCGAAUGGCAUUGCUGACUUCGAUAGCGGCAAAAACUUGGAUUAUUUUGAUUAUCGCUGCAUAUACCAACAAAGGCAGGCACAGUCGCAGCCACAGACACAACCACAAGAACGGGAACAUUAUCGUACAAUUUACUGCGAAGACAGCCACUCCCCACACAACAACCAAGUGCAAAAAACGAUAAGCGCACAGCAGAUACAACAACAGCGGCAACAGUACUGCCUCCAAGUACAAGGGCGCUACAAAGAAAAAUCCACCGCAAAUCAGCAUUCGCAUGUACAAAAGUGUAAUCAUAUAAAUGAAAAUUAUUCUUGUAAGUUGCAGAAAAAUUCGUUUCAUCCAGUCUCACGUUACGACGUAGAACUAUCCUCUUAUGGCUCAUUAAAUGGCAAUAGCUUUAGAAGCAAUAUGUCACGUGCUGUUAAUGCGCUACCAACUGUAAAAACUAAUGUAGAUGGCCUAACUGGUGAUGCGACUACAUGGACCGGCAAUGUGCACGGUAGGAGUAGUGCUGCUGAUUCUGCUAUCGGGCAUGGCUCAUUUAUUAUCGGAACACAGUCGACCCACCUUAAGCCGCCAAAAGUGUGGAAUAAAUUCACAAAGCUAUUGCCUGAAAAUUUCAAAUUGAAGCGUUCAUCUCGUCACAGCCGAUCUCGAUCAUUGCCUAUCGGCUGUGGAGACGACGCAAGAGGCAACAUUUGCGCUAAAUUUAAAGCAAGUGGGCAAACGGUUAAAGUAAAUAUCUCUAACGCACAUAUUAUACAAAGUAGUGGUGGCGGCGACUUACAAAAAAAAUCUACGCCAAUAAAAACUGAGAGACAGUAUAAUGACAUACAAAAUUUGGGCGGCAGUUUUAACCUGUCAAAACGCUUCCACAAAUUACCCACGCAUUUGGUGCAUCGUGCAACGCGUUCGAGCGUACACUCUGUUACUAGCAUAUCUACAUCAGCUGUAACUGAUAACAAUUGUUUGGCCACUGGUAAUGGUGGUCCUCGUGAUAAGAAGCCGGUGUUCAGCAAAGGCCAAAAGAAACGAUCGAGAUUUUCGAUGACUGUGAAUAAUAUAGUACAGAAAGCUAAAACUGGUUAUCGUCGACAUAGUUUCGUAGCCCGUGGCACUUCAAGUAUUUCCACAACAGAUGCACCAUAUAGCGUUUCCGAUGGUGAGACAGAUUUUCCCAGCUUCACCUCAUCCGACAAUGAGGACUCAAUAGCCAGCGACAUAACGCCUAAAACUAAUAACGGCAUACGGAAAAGCGAGUCUGAUCGUGCAACAAACGAGGGUUUGCAAAAUCACUGUAUAAAGGAUUUAAAAAUACUUCAACAACAGCAAAGAGAAAUGAAGAUUUUAAGUAAAAAACAAAUAAAAACUGGCGAAAAUGAUGAAGAGGAUGAUUACGAGGAAGAUGUGCCAUCUUUUGCAGAUAUCAGAAAUUUUUAUAUGGAUCAAGAAACUAUCCCCAAUAUUCAAUUAGAAAAAGGAGAUAUUGAAGCUAUGGCCAUUAGCAUGUUCCCGCAGAUAUCACAACUAGGACAUAAGUGCACUACUUAUACCGAUGAAGAAAUUGAAAAUGGAAAUUCAACAAUAUCACAGAAAAGAGCUCAUCAAAUUGUUGAGUAUAUGAUGGCUAAUGAUAAUAUGAGUAAUAUUUAUACAGUUAUGAGUGAUGUUAAGCACAAAUUAUUAUAUUCCGACACAGAAGCUGACAAUAAGACUAAUGACGCUCAAGCAAAAACUUACUUUCAAAAUAGUACCUCUGUACACGUUGGUGAUGAAAAAUUACAUUCUAAUGGCGAGACGUAUAAGAACAUGCAAGUGGUGUCAAUAGCUGUUACAAUGGAAGAGGGUGCAGUAGCACCCCAACGAGUAAUAACACAAAUGCGUAAUGACGGUAGUGAACAAUCGAGCAUAAACACACCAUCUGGCGCGGAAUAUAAACUAAAUGGGCAUAUUCAGCAUACUUUGAUCCCACAUCAGUCACUUGAUGUGCCAGUAGUUGGCUUACCUGAGGAGGACGAUAAUCGUAGUCAGCAUUCCUAUCGCACACUUUCGUCGUCUCGUCGUCAAAGCACAGAGGAUAGCAUUGACACCGAUGAUGAAUAUUUUUGCUACGAAUUGCGACAGUUGGAAGAGUUAGAACAAAAAAAUACUGAACUCGAUAGCAAAAGUGAUGCUCUAAUAACGACAACCGGAUGUGAAAUCUUUGCUAAUGACGCGCAUUUGUUUUCACAAAUUGAUCAGUUGGCUUCUAACAGCAAUGCACAGCAAUCAAGCAUAAAUGAUUCAUAUAUUGACGGCGUGUGUGUCACACAUGUCAAUUCUGCGCUAUGCGACGAAUAUGAACCAGAUGAAAAUGUCAAACAACUUAUGUGUGAAGUUUUAAAAGAAUUAAAAUAUGUUGUCAGGCUGUUACCAGCAAUAGAUGCAACUAAAUCGGAGACGAAGGAGACUGGAGCAAAAGUCCCGAAUAUGAGAAGAACACAACAGUACUCUCAACGGAGCAGCUCUUCUGGCAAAUCUACCAAUAAUUUUGAACGAGCCACCAAAGUGAACGAUAUGCACAGUGCUUGGCAAGAUAUCAACGGAGACGAUUUACAAGCUAACUAUUCAGAUGUCGAGCCUGAAGUAUGUGAUGCAGCCGAUAUUGCUAACAGUGAUGGUAUGGAAGAGGUCAAUACCAUACUUCGUACGCAACAGCUACAGCAUGUUAUCAGCGGUGUUGUUGGUGGCGACGAACGGAUGUUGGCACAUAAACGUUUUCGCAAACGACGUGAUCGUCGCCGUUCAAGCGACAAUUUUAAUGAUAAAGACAAUAUUAUUAAUAAUCAUGACUCACAACGUCAACACUUGUCAAGCUCUUCGUAUUCAUCCGAAGAGGAAUUAACCGAUACGACAAAGCGGUUUAGAGAAAAUGCACAAAUCACACAAAGGCGUGGCAGCAGCAGCAGUGAGAAGCAUAGUUGCGCCGCGUUGUCUCGAAUGCCGCCUCAUGACAUUAUCACUGAAUGUUCAAGAAAGUUCAUUCAAGAUGAUUUGCUGCUAACAACAGCUGACGAUCGCACGUUUACGAUCGACUACAAAAUAGAUAAUAUUGAUGUUGAUGCCGAUGCUGACGGCGAUGGUGAAGAGGCAAAAAAUGUAAGUAUGUCAUCCGGUGCCACACUUGGUCCAGAUACACCGGCUGAACUCAGUGAGGAAUUGGAUGGCGAUCAGCGAUCAUAUAAGACUGCACCUAGUUACCACCAAUUUAAAAAUAAACAAGAAGAUAAUGAAUUAUUAGAUCGCGAAAUAAAAAUGGCUUUGAAAACUGUAGUUUUCAAAGUCGCAAAUAACAAACAGUUUGACGAUAAUUAUCAUACGGCUACUGUAAAUAUUGACAGCAAUCCUCCGGUGUUGAUAGUACCUGAGCAAGAUCAGGACAAAGGAAAACCAUUGGUUAAAUUUGAAAGAAGACUUUUAUGUCACGAGUCCAGUAUUGAAGGUAGCAGCGCAGGUACAAAUGGAAAUGCUGGUGUUCUUGGUAGUAGUAAAUGGAAGCUUUUGAAAACGUUGAAAGAACGUAAAAUCGAGGAGAAAAAUUAUCUAGAUAAAUCUAAAGACGACGAGCUAGUCAAAAACCGUGAAAAGAAUGGCAGUGGAUCUGGAGAAAUCGGUUUACGAGGAAGUGGACAUCCCGGAGAUAACCCAUUCUACAGUAAUAUUGACAGUAUGCCGGAUAUACGACCACGACGGAAAUCCAUUCCACUUGUUUCUGAGCUUGUGCUCAAGACCAUGGCUGCCACGAAACGAAAUGCUGGAUUAACGUCAGCUGUUCCAAGGGCCACAUUAAACGACGAAGAAUUGAAAAUGCACGUCUACAAGAAGGCCCUGCAAGCACUUAUCUAUCCAAUUUCCUCAACAACUCCGCACAAUUUCGUUUUAUGGACAGCGACGUCACCAACAUACUGCUAUGAAUGUGAGGGUCUAUUGUGGGGUAUCGCCCGGCAAGGAGUACGCUGUACAGAAUGUGGUGUCAAGUGUCAUGAAAAGUGCAAGGAUCUUUUAAAUGCGGACUGCUUACAAAGAGCCGCAGAAAAAAGCUCAAAGCAUGGAGCGGAAGACAAAGCUAAUUCCAUUAUAACGGCAAUGAAAGACCGCAUGAAGCAGCGUGAACGUGAGAAACCCGAGAUUUUUGAACUAAUACGAGCGGUUUUCAACGUAGAAGAUAAAAGUCAUACAGGUCACAUGAAAGCAGUUAAGCAAAGCGUUUUGGAUGGUACUAGCAAAUGGUCGGCAAAAAUUGCAAUUACAGUGAUUUGUGCUCAAGGCCUGAUAGCGAAGGAUAAAAGCGGUACCAGUGAUCCCUAUGUGACGGUGCAAGUUAGCAAGGUGAAAAAGCGUACACGUACAAUGCCGCAGGAGUUAAAUCCUGUGUGGAAUGAGAAGUUUCACUUUGAAUGCCAUAACUCAUCAGAUAGAAUCAAGGUGCGGGUGUGGGACGAGGACAAUGAUUUGAAAUCGAAGCUCCGUCAAAAGUUGACACGUGAAUCAGAUGACUUUUUGGGCCAAACUAUCAUCGAGGUACGCACACUUUCGGGCGAAAUGGAUGUGUGGUACAAUUUAGAAAAACGUACAGACAAAUCGGCGGUGUCAGGAGCAAUACGUCUGCAUAUAUCGGUGGAGAUUAAAGGAGAGGAAAAGGUUGCUCCCUACCACGUACAGUAUACAUGUCUGCAUGAAAAUCUCUUUCAUUACUUAUGCGAAGAAAACGGCGGUAUGGUAAAAUUGCCCCACCAAAAAGGAGAUGAUGCUUGGAAACUUUAUUUUGACGAAAUACCGGAAGAGAUCGUUGACGAAUUCGCUAUGCGCUAUGGCAUUGAAAAUAUUUACCAGGCAAUGACACACUUUCAUUGUUUGUCGACUAAGUAUUUAUGUCCCGGUGUGCCGGCUGUGAUGAGUACGCUACUAGCAAACAUAAAUGCAUAUUAUGCGCAUACGACGGCGUCUUCGGCAGUAUCCGCAAGUGAUCGUUUUGCCGCAAGUAAUUUUGGCAAAGAAAAGUUCGUUAAAUUAUUGGACCAGCUACACAAUUCACUACGCAUUGACCUCUCCAUGUACCGCAAUAACUUCCCGGCGUCAAGCCAAGAAAAGCUAAUGGAUCUUAAGUCGACUGUGGACCUGUUGACCAGUAUAACAUUUUUUCGCAUGAAGGUUCAAGAACUAUCUAGUCCACCACGAGCGAGUACAGUGGUCAAGGAUUGCGUAAAGGCUUGUCUUAGAUCCACCUACCAAUUCCUCUUCGAAAAUUGUUAUGAACUCUAUAAUAGGGAAUUCCAGGUGGAUCCAAACGAAGCAAAGCGUGACUCUGACGACCACGGCCCCAAGUUGGAUAACGUAGACUUUUGGCAUAAGCUAAUAGCAUUAAUAGUGUCUGUGAUUGAUGAGGAUAAAAACAGCUAUGGCACCGUACUGAAUCAAUUUCCACAAGAACUGAAUAUUGGUCAGCUGUCAGCAGCGACGAUGUGGAGUCUAUUCGCUGUUGAUAUGAAAUAUGCAUUAGAAGAACACGAGCAACAUCGUCUCUGCAAAUCGUCAGCAUAUAUGAACCUUCAUUUUCGUGUGAAAUGGCUCUACAGUAAUUACGUGAAGGAGGUGCCGCCAUACAAGGGUGCUGUGCCCGAAUAUCCAGCCUGGUUCGAGCCAUUCGUUAUGCAAUGGUUAAAUGAGAACGACGAUGUGUCUUUAGAAUAUUUGCAUGGCGCAUUCAACCGUGAUAAAAAAGAUGGGUUUCAAAAGAGUAGCGAACAUGCCUUAUUUUCCAACUCAGUUGUAGAUGUCUUUACCCAACUAACGCAGUGUUUCGAUGUUGUUAGCAAACUCGAGUGUCCGGAUCCAGAAAUCUGGAAACGUUACAUGAGGCGUUUUGCUAAAACUAUCGUUAAAGUACUGAUUGCCUAUGCUGAUAUUGUAAAACGUGAAUUUCCUGAGCAUAUGAAGGACGAAAGAGUCGCGUGUAUACUUAUGAACAACAUACAGCAAUUGAGAGUUCAAUUGGAGAAAAUGUUCGAAUCAAUGGGUGGUGAUAAGCUGGAGGAAGACGCAGCGAAUAUACUGAAAGAAUUGCAGCAGAACCUAAACUCCGCACUGGAUGACUUGGCUUCUCAAUUUGCUUUUAGUCUUGAACCCCGAAUAACGCAGUCUGUACGAGAAUUAGGUGAUCUGCUGCUUUCUGUUAAAGGCGGUAGCAAUAUUAAUUUCAACCAAACUGCGCAAGGUAAUGCAGUUGCUGUAGAGGCUGAUGAAGUUCUCCGACCACUAAUGGACCUCUUGGAUGGUUCGCUAACUCUUUAUGCGCAAUCUUGUGAAAAGACAGUACUCAAAAGAUUGCUCAAGGAAUUGUGGAAAAUUGUUAUGCGUAUCCUAGAGAAGACUAUCGUAUUACCUCCAAUGACUGAUAAGACUAUGAUGUUUAAACAUAUAACCGAUAAUGCAAAAAAUCUUGCAUCGAAUGCUAAAAUCGAAGAUAUGGGUAGACUAUUCAAAAGUCACAUGACUGGCAAGCAAGACGUCAAGAGUGCUCUUAGCGGUGUAAUGGAUAUUUCAAAGGAAGUGGAGAAGAAUUUAUCACCGAAACAAUGUGCUGUACUAGAUGUCGCAUUAGAUACCAUAAAGCAAUACUUCCAUGCUGCCGGUAACGGACUGAAGAAGACAUUCCUCGAGAAGUCACCAGAACUGCAAAGCCUACGAUAUGCUUUAAGCUUGUAUACACAAAUGACCGACACGCUUAUAAAAACUUUCAUUUCCAGUCAAGCUCAUGAAA